AUGAGCUCAAGCUUUGCGCGAGAGCGAGCGGAAGCGCUCGCAGAUCAGCUUGAUGCUAUCAGUGACCGUUUGAUUGAUCGCGAGUCUACCGAUGAUGCAGCAGAAGUUCUCACUGCGGAGACGGGCAAACUGCGAGCUGCUAUAGACCUCGUUCGCGUCAAAGCCAAGGACAAUCCGCGCUCGCUGGGCACAUUGCAGUGGCUACAUGCACACACAGUUCAGAUUCUUCUCGGCAGCAAAAGCACAAAUGAAAUGGACGCAGCAAGCGCAAUGAAGUGGCUUCUGGUCGGCCAUCUUGCUCUCGCGACAUAUGCAUCAGCGCUCGAUGCCACAAUCACGCAAGCUGUCCAAGUUAUCGAAGAGCAGCGGUACUGGGAGCGAAUCGCUACUGAUGAUACGCGCUUGCUGACCUACCUUGUGCAAACCACGCCUACACGCCUGAUGCGACUCGGGCGCACACUGAGCGACCGGCUGCAAAUCCUGACCGAUACUCAAGACCGGCCAAAGAGCUUACUUCGAUGGGAAACCUACAAAGAGGCGUUGCCGCCCACCCUGCUCGUAACGUCAUUCUUUCCGCACCUUGUCGGGCAAUCUGGCACAGAUCAAGCCAAGAUGUCGACAGCAUUUGACCCUUCCACAGUCAGCUCACGGAAGUUGCUGCUUCUCACGUUUUCCCCCAUGCAGUUAGCACGUCAGGAAGCUCGGCGCAAGACUAAAUCACUGAAAGCCCUGCGCUCAAGGCUCGAGGUGCGCAUUGGGAGUCUGGCGGCGAUCUCGCGCGAUUUGUUCGCGCCCGAGAAGGACGUAUCUCCUGCGAAAGACAUUUCAAGCCUGCUCUGUCAUCUCAGCCAUAUAUGCAGCGAUGUCGGAUCGACAGCUGACGACCUAGACGCUUGCACUGCGACCUUGGCACGCUUGCUUGGUCAGAGCCUGCCGGGUACAUUUCAGCAGGACUCAAUCACGCUCGAAGGCUUGUCGCGACCAUCUCGCCUAACGCGUGCGUGGCCGGUCAUCAUCUUUGCGCCUCUGGUCACCUACUAUGGCGUCAAGUAUCUCUACGAUUCCCGCGCAACCCUUACUGCAUGGUACGAUGGCGCUAUCGAGACAGUCCGCGGCUUCUUCAUCGAUUGGGUGAUCGAGCCCGUUGGCAAGAUCAUCCAGACCGUUCGACACGGCGACAGCGAGCUCGCGAUAAUGGGCACUCAGUCUCUGAAGAGUGAUCUAGACAGCUUGGAGCGGAUGGUCGCUGACUUUGGUCGAGACGAAUACAAGAUGAGCGAAGCACAGAUUGCCGAGAUUGCCAGCAAAGUGCGCGAGGGAGACCUCACUACGGUGUUGCAAGCCUGGGAGAAAGAUAUCAAGAACCCGCUGCGCUCGGCUGUUACGGGCUCGCUCGUGCGCACGCUGCUGAUUCAAGUGCAAAAGGUCAAGGUCGAUGUCGCUCUCGCCAUGAAUGGCAUCGAGAAGAUGCUCAAAUCUCAGCAGCUCACGUUUGCCUUUGUCGGUGUCGCGCCCAGCAUCAUCAUUCUGUUCGCUUUACUGCGCGGACUGUCUUCGCUUCGAGUCGGUCCCAACGCCGCCAGAGACGUCAAGGCUUCUCGCCGCCGAGCAUGGAGCUCCAUCAGGUCUAUCGAGAUGGUAUUGAACCAUCGAGAGGCAGAGCGCGACGUGAACGAGAAGAUUACUGAUCGUAAGCUAGGAAAGAUCUUGAUCGAGACGCAGGUACUACGAACGUACGCUGGCUCGCUUGGCUUUCCGACGCGAGACCACACGCUUCAAGUAGCUUUCCUGCAUGAUAUCCGAGAUCUAGAACAGAGUACAGACGACGCCCUCAAGCAAAAGGUGGUGGAACGUAUCUGGCGAUCGUGGGCAAAGCCUUUGUCAUGGUCGCCGCUUUAG